UAGAAAGUCAUCUUCUUCCAUCUCUAUGCCACCGCCACGGAUGAUCUCCAAGCACCAGUCGCUCGCCGAAUAUCAACUUCCCAAUGUCGUAUCUCUAUCAUUUCAGCUGCUUCCACACUCAAACUUGACUCCGGAGAUCGGAAUCUAUGGAGACCUCCCAAUCUGAGAAAAUGCUGCUCUUGGGUGCUGCUAUAAAAUGCUCCAGUUGUCAUCUCUCUCAAUCUCGACUAUAGGGCUUCAGAUUUUUUGGGAUCGUGAAGAACAACACCGUACGGGAUGUCGAAACGAGAAUGAUGAGGUUUCACCGGGAACAAGUUCAGAAUGUCACUUGGUCUGCCGGUGGUGGCGACGGUGAACUGUGCCGAUAACACUGGUGCGAAAAACCUGUACAUCAUUUCCGUGAGCCUGCUGUCAUUGUUCGUCAGCGCAAGCCAUUGUGUUAGUUUCGCUCUUUCCGUCCAUCACUAGCCAAGGUUCAUUUGAGUUCGAGGUCACCAGUGAAGUCGGUUGUGGUGGAAUAGCUUAUUUCAGCUCGUCAUUGUCUCAAUCGCUGCUCAUAACGAGUUUGAAGAUUACAAAGAAAGCAACCGUAGUGGAAGAACAUUGAUAUUAAUUUCAGGACUCUUUGUGUGGACUUUGCAAGAUUCAUAGCUGCUGAGGAACUUCGUUGAAAUGGCAAGAAAAAGACAGAGAAAUUCUAGUCAAGGUGAGCUUUUAUAUGAUUCUUCGGAGCAACAAAAACAACAAAUUGGAAGUAUGUCAAUGCCUCAACCGCCCCAAAAUUGGCCACAAAAUGAAAGAGAUGACUCACAUGAUACAAAAAAUCUUCCAGAUUCUAAUGAGAGUGAAGAGCAAUCUAAGCGAACUAGGGGUCCCACUAUGAUGCACUCGGGAUGGGGGAAAGAUGGUGGAAAUUUACAUAUUGAAUUGAAUGAACAUGGUCAAGUUAUUGGGUCAGAAGGAACUAGAUUGAGUUCAAAACUUGGUGUGCUAGCACGAAAUGGCAUCUUAGCGCCACUUAAUCAUAAAGAUUGGAGGCUUGUACCUAGUAGGUACAAGGAUAGAAUAUGGGCUCAUAUCAAGGAAAAUACUGACGCAACUGAUGACAUGAAGCGCAUACUGAUGAUGUCAUUUGGAUCUAAAUGGAAAGAAUCAAAGCAUGAAGCAAAAAUUAUUGGAUAUGACCCAUAUAACACUGAUAUUGAGCGUUUAGCGCAUUGUCCAGAUAGAGUUGAAGAAGAUCAGUGGCGUUCAUUAGUUCAUUAUUGGAGCUCAAAAGAAGCAAAGGUUCCUGAUAACCCACUUGAAGAUUGUCAACAACCAUCAUCACUUGUUGCAGGUGUUCACACAAGAAAGGCUAACAUGAUCAAGAAGACUGGAACUAGCGUAGUUGGCACAAAUAAAAAGAAGUGGAAUUUUUAAGGAAAUUGAGGUCAAGUAUCAACUUCAACAUGCUCGACUUUUGGAUUGAUGAUUUCAUAAAGAUUUAUUGCAAAUUUACUGGAGAUUUUAAUUCCAUUUGAAUUAGAAAUUAAUUAGUUGGUUUUA